UUCUGUAACACGUUAAGAACCUUGCCCCUACCUUAUCAAACUCGCUGUGAAAUAACGUUAUAAAAGGCAAUUUUCUGCCCCCGCACCACUUCAGUGCUGUGCCUUUGAACCGCAGACAUGUUGCCUUUCACAAGAUACGUGACAGUGCUAGCUGUCAUUGUAGCUGUCACAUUUGCUCAAGAUUACGACUACGAAGAGCCAAGGGCAGCACCACAACGCGUCAGGCCAGGCUACAGCGGUCCCUCACAGAACAACGCACCAAGACCAACUCCAGUUGCCAUCUUGAAACAAAUUAACAGACACAACGAAGAUGGAUCCUACACUUAUGGCUACGAAUCUGCUGACGGAUCCUUCAAGAUCGAAACCAAACUACCAACGGGCGAGGUCAAGGGCAAAUACGGUUACGUAGACGACACUGGAAAGGUCAGAACCAUCGAAUACGGUGCCACCAAGCACGGCUUUGCCCCAUCUGGGGAAGGAAUAACAGUACCACCACCGACCUUGGUCGACGAAACCACCAACAGGGACGGUCUACCUAACCAAGACUACCAAAACAACUAUUACCAACCUCAGGAACAACAACAGCCAAUCAGGGCUGCCCCAAGACCUCGUCCAAGACCCCAGCCGGUCUAUGAACAGUUCGAAGCACCUCAAUUCGCUCCAGCUCCACAAAGAAAUGCUGCUCCUGUACCACCAAGGGCUCAAAUUCCUGGAGCCGUACAGACCACCACCCUCGAUUUUGGACCACCACAAAGACCAGCAAAUGUGAGAAGCUUCCAACCAGCACCAGCUCCACGUCCACAGUCUGCACCUAAUCAAUUCUCCUUCCCUGACUUCGACACAAACCCUCCAGUGAGAGCUGCCCCAAAGGUCACCUACGCUCAGCCAGCUCCUUUGCCUUCUCAGUACGUCCCAGAGUCCAGGCCACCACCUAGGUACCGUCCAGGACCUCCUCCAGCUCCUGUUGCUGCCCCUUCAAGGCCAGUUCCUUCGGUUGGUGGAAGAAGUUCUGGUGGAAUCUUGGACCAGCUGUCCAGAGACUAUGCUCUACCAGAAGGCGGUGCUGCUCCACUCCAUGACAUCAGUUUCGGUUAUUACUAAAUGGAGAAAUUCUAGAAGAAAUUAUGCGAAUUAGUAAUGAUCAUUGCUCGCUCUUUCUUGAAAAAAGCUCCUAAAGCUGUGUUACCUUUCGAUUCAUUUUCAGGUUCUAUAUUUCCUUGUUUUUCACUCUUUUCAGCAAUUUUUUCUUCUUGUUUCCAUAUUUUUUCUAUUUUCUUCUGAGAAUUACCAAAUUUCAUUCUGAUCUCUUAUAUUUUCCCUUCAAAAUCUCUGUUCUUCCUGUUUCCGAUCUUGUUCUUUCAUUUUUCAACUGUUUUUUCAGGUGCUGAAAGUAUUUUCACAUCUUUAAAUCUCAAAACUUGGUGCUUUUCUUGUUUCCUUCAUAGAAAUUCAAAAAGGACUAUUUUACUCUACAUUUCUUCUUCUGCUCAACCUGAUACAAAAUCUCUUGUCUUUCACUCUAUUGCGGUUGUUAUUCUUGCCUUGUUGCAACUGAAACAAUAUUUGAAUUCAUUUCGAAAUUCUAGGUAUGUAACUUUGUGUUACUUCUGAAGGAUGUAACAUUAUGUUGUCUUGUAAAUAUUGUAAGUUUAAGUUAGCUCGAUAAUAAGUUACCGAAAGUUUGAUUUGUGUCUGCUGAAUGAAUAUUUAAUAUUGUUUAUAAGGAAGGAGUUCCAUCUAAGUCUUAUGGAAGAUGUCAUAGUGUUUUAAUAAACUCUAUUAACUUA